AUCAAAUUAAAUACAAAAAAUAUCUCGUCGCAUCAAAACUUGAAAGAAAGAUUAUUUGUGCAGAAAUUUACAAUUUUGCUAGCAUAUUUUAAUAAAAAUUAUAUUAUUAUUUUAUACAAAUGCUGGGCAAUUGAUUUUUAUUAAAUGUAUAGAAUAUUCAAUCUAUAUAAAAAGGUUUAUCUUCUCUGAAUUGCGUUGAGAAAAUUUUGCAUUUUCCCAGACAUAUGUGUGUGUGUUGACACAGGUUACGACAACCAACAAGCCGUCAAAAUUCCAUUGUUUAUUUGGUAAUAAUUAAUUUGACAAGUGUAUAAAUACGUCACAGUUUCUUUCUAUCGCGCGUUGCUUUAUUUUUUGCGUGUGUGUUUUUGAAAGUAUUGAAGAAAAAUUGAAAAUUUGAAUAAAAAAAUUAACUAACAAUAUGGAUAUAACACCUGGUGAACCCGUGCCGCCUGGCUUUGAGGAAGAAGUACUCAAAGUACCACGCAUUCAAAGUACCAUUGACCAAUAUAAGGCUAAUGCUUUAAUUGGUAUUGAAUACACCUUGGAGUUGCACGAAUGUGAUCGUCCUGAGCCGGGAUACUUGUGUGUUUUGUGCGACAAGCGUGGUGAUGGUCGAACUAUCCUACAUCAUUGGACUUCGUUCAAUCAUCGUAUGAAAUAUUUGGAAAAACACUACCCAUCGGCGGUUCGUGAAUUCCAACCGGUCAAAUAUAAACCAAAUUCCCAUAAUAUUCUCAUUGCCAUAAUUCAAAAUAUUGCCGAAGCCAUUGAAGAUUUUCAUGGUCGCUUAAAGGUAAGAGCAAUGGACGCAGAUGAAUUUCGACGCCAGAAAACCAAGCAUACAGAGACAGUAAUUUCCUCUUUUCACCACGAUGAAAGAAACGGUCCGAAUUUCCUGAGUGCCAUUGAUAGGUCCUUAAUCGAUGGAAGAGGUAAACUAGAUGGAGCCAAUAAUCAACAAAAAGGUCAUAAAAGAGGAUCGCCUUUGGAAAAACCACCUCCAAAGAGGGAUGAGUUUGAUGCAAUUUCAAGUGAUUCCGAUAACAAUGAUUCGGCGAAGAAACCAAAAUUCAACAGUAGGGCACAGUAUGCUGGUAAGCCCACCACAUAUGGUAAAGAUGAACAGAAAGACGAUAAAGAGAAGAAGUUGCCAACGCCCAAAGAAUUAUCGCUACAGGCAUCCCAUAUAGCCCAAGAACGCUACAAAUGGGAAAAGUAUCGCUGUAUGUUGGAAAUCCAUUUGAAGCAAGUGGAAAAAUUGCAAAAAGACUAUGAAAAGUCACCGGAAAAACAUCCACAAUAUCCCGAAGAGUGGAAAAAGUUUUGGAAUCGCCGCUACAAGGAAUUGCAGGCCGAGAAAAAGGUUGAUCCCAACAAACAUGACUAUAAACCGGAAUGGAUUGUGUUUUGGACGAAACGAAUGAAAGAACUUUUCAAUGCUGAAGUGGAGAAGAAAAAGAAAGAAAUCAAAAUUAAACUUGGUCUUCCAGAGGACGCUGAGGAGAAAGUCGACCAACUAAAGGAACGCUACAAAGUGACGGUAAAUCGGGUACAAAGACAACCCAUUUCGGAUGUUAUUGACAUUAGCGAUGACGAAAGUCCAGCUGGCCGUCGUGUUCGCCCAAGACGUACGCGGUCGCGUUCACGUUCUCGCUCUCCUCGCGGUCGUUCGCCACCACGUGGUCGUGAUUAUCGUUAUCAUUCGCGUUCACGUUCCAAAUCACGUUCGCUUAGUCCAUUUUCGGAUGAUUAUGAUCACAUUAAGUCGCGUCACAUGUCUAAACCACAUCGCUCGGCAGGCUCUCGCGGUUACAAUCCUAUUGAUACAUCACCAGAUUAUUAUCAAUAUGGUGGAUCUUCACGUUAUCCACCAAUUCCUCAUGUUGGUAGCAGUCACUAUCCUCCUGCCCAUGUAUCUUCGGGACCAUAUCGCAUUUUAGAUUCUAGUAAAAUACCCAAAUACGAAGACACCAGUACCAGAGAUUCAAAAGAAGAUGAACAGAAAGAAGACGAUGGACCUCUAUCAGUGGUUGGGGUUUUACGUCUGCUCACCGCCCUCGAAGAACACUUGGGCAGUCUUGGGCCCAAAGUUGUUGAUCUGUUGGGCAAGGCUUUGGCAUUGGAAAAAGUAAAAGCCAAUUCAUCCGAUGACCUUUUACUUAACGAAGAUAAUUGUGUAUUUUUUGAAACUAUCAAAGAAAAGCUAAAGGGUCUCUUAAUCGCUGAUGUUUUAGUUGAUGAUCCGCAUAAAGUGCGUGCUGUUAAGAAAGCUAUUAAAAAUAUUGCCGGAGUAAUUUACCAAGUGACACAAGGUAACACCAACGAAGAUGCCAAGGAAGAAAAAACAAAAGAUUCAUCGCUCACAAUUGGAGGUGGUGGUGUUGGGGGUAGCGUUGGCAGCGUUCCAGCAUUACACAAAAAGAAAAUCAAUGCAAAAGUAAGCAUUAAAGAUUUGCCAUUUGAUCGUCAAAUGGUUGCCACGAAAAUGGCAGCUGCCCUAGUGAUGCAGGGGCGUGAAGACGUCUCCACCGAUGAUAUGGAUAAAUUGAUAUAUUUCUUUUUGCUAAUGGUAAAAUUAUCCAAAUCGAAAAGGGAACUUGAUGGAAAACCAUUGUAUUCCAAGAAUGUACUCUCCGAAUUGGGUUUAAUGCAAUUGAUUAAUACACCAUCGAGUAGUGCAAGUACUUUGCCAGGCCCAAUAAUAGAUAUUGGCCUUUUAGAUGCAGAUAGAGCAUCGCUGCGACCCUCAUCCAUACGUAGCGAUUUUGCCAAGGAUGUUUCAGUUGAUAAGGAAACACCGAAAAAUGAUGCAAAUGCCAGUACAUUGGAAUCAUUGACAGAUUCUGAUUUGCAGACUCUUUUGCAAAACUUUAAACAUUUGUCCAGCGAAGAGCAACAUCAUCUAAUUGCCCACCUAAAGAAACUGGAAUCGGUAGAUCCUGAACGUGUCGAGAAAUUGAGGAAAUAUGUCAACACUUCGGAUAUAGCCUCAGAACCCAUGCCAAGCACAAGUAAAUCUUCGUCUGAUAGCCUAGAUGAUGGUAUGGGAAAGAAGCCACACUACUAUUCGCCACAUACUAACAAUGAUUCACCUUUUUCAGCAAGUGCUAAGGAUGACAAACGUCAGGGUCGUUCGCCCAGCCAUGAUAUUGAUGAACGCAAUAGAAAUUCGGUAAACCCCAACAAGUUUAGUUUGGAUGAUGAUGACGAUGAUGAUUAUAAUUUCGAUGAAGUGUUUAAGGCUGCCUCUAGAAAUAUAAACUCGGCUACACCCGAAGAAACCUCACAACACUCAAUGAAUGAUGGCAAACCUAAAUCGGCCAAUGAACAUAUUGUUUCGUUGGCUUCACAAAAUGAUCUAACUUUCAAUCCGGCCGGUCUCAAAGAUCCAUUGAGUGAUACACAAAACCUCAUUGCAAACCUAAUGGGUUCAUUGCAACAAAGCAAUUCCAAAUCGGCAAAUAUCUUACCGCAGCCAGUUCCUCCUGUUGGCCAAAAACCACAGCAACCGCCUCAACAGCAGCCACCCCCACCACCACCUGCCCAGCAAUCCAAUAAUAUGUCCUACUAUCAACAGGGAGCCGGGGGUUAUCCAGAUAUGCAACAGGCCGGCGGCUACAAUCAAAUGCCACCGAAUUACUAUAAUCCCCAGAUGGGUUAUAAUCAAAACCCCUAUGCUGGGGGUCCUGGUGCCGCCGGCUAUCAACAACAACAACACCAGCAAUGGGGUCCCGAUGCUCAUCAACAAAUCCCCGGCCAGCCAAAUAUGCAAUUCUUCGGAAUGCCCAACUAUGGUGGAGGUUAUUAUGGACAAGGUGGUAAUUGAAAGUAAAUUAAUGAAUGUAGUUAGUUUUUCUCUCGAAUGAAACAAUUCUCGAUUGAUCACUAUUUUUAAUCUAAUUUUUAGUUUUAUAAACUAUUUUAAUCUUCUAAUGCAAGUAAUAAACUCAAGACAAAUAUUUGGAUGUGAAUAUUAUAUGAAUUCAUCGAAUUCCUUCGUAAUGAAAGAAAUAUGUAGUGUACAUAUAAACAAACAUAAAUAUAACAAACUAAUUUCGAUAAAAAUUAUUUUAUCAUGCAAAUAUAAA